AGAGGGAGGUAACUCUGUAAUACAGACAUCUCUCUACAAUCGUUUGUCACAUGAUAAAAGUUCUGAAACCUUUUAUCGAACAUUUUACGAUCGUAUGAAAGAAGCUGAGUUAGAGAUAAAGAAUACCAUCACAGUUAACACAAGUGAUACGUUAAGUAGUAAGAAAUCCUCUGAGGAGACCCAUGGUGGUAGUCAUGGUAAAAAUAAUAGAAAAGCAGGAAAUGGGAUGAUAACCGACGAAUUGCGUGCCCAGUUUGACGAAUCAACCAGCAUUACGAGUCGAACCAUGGGUCAGUUACGGCAAACACAGGGCCACAUAGACGACGGAGAGGACGGACGAAAUCAUAUAGUUCACGAUGAUGCCGCAGAUCACAGACCAACACGAGAGAAAGAAGAAAAGAAGUUAACAGCACAGAUAUCCAUGAUGCAACCAAUUUUACGAUUUCUGCAACUUUUAUGUGAAAACCACAACAGAGAUUUACAGAACAACUUACGACAGCAGGAUAAUAAGACCAGCUACAAUCUUGUGUGUGAAACUCUGCAGUUCUUAGAUUGUAUUUGUGGCAGUACAACUGGAGGACUUGGUCUACUAGGUCUUUAUAUCAAUGUUAAUAAUGUAGGCUUGAUUAAUCAAGCCCUGACAAGUUUAACAGAAUACUGUCAGGGACCCUGUCACAUCAAUCAGAAUGCUAUAGCUAUGCAUGAGAGUAAUGGUAUAGAUAUAAUUAUAGCAUUGUUAUUAAAUGAUAUUAACCCAUUGGGUAAACAACGAAUGGAUCUGGUACUAGAAUUGAAGAAUAAUGCCUCGAAGCUGUUAUUAGCCAUUAUGGAAAGUCGACAUGAUAGUGAAAAUGCAGAAAGAAUCCUCUACAACAUGAGUCCAAAACAAUUAGUGGACUCAAUUAAACGAGUUUUUAAACAAGAAAUAUUAGAGGGCGAUAUAUUCUACUCUUUAAAGGUUGAUGUAGCGAAGCAAGCAUUCCAUUCUGAAGAUGCCGUGGAAGAUGACGAAGAAGAUGAUGAAGAGCGAGAAGCAUCCCCGAAAGCUGUUGGUCACAAUAUAUUUAUCCUGGCUCAUCAACUUUCUCAACAUAAUAAAGAACUUUCGGAACUUCUAAAACCAAGUGGAACGGACUUGUAUGGAGACCAAGCUUUAGAAUUUUAUGCCAAACACACGGCACAGAUUGAAAUUGCCCGUAUGGAUCGCACGAUGGAGAGAAUUGUCUUCCCUAUUCCUGAAAUCUGUGAAUAUGUAACAGAGGAGACGAUGGUCAAAGUUUACCAAUCAGCAGAAAGAGAUGAACAAGGGAGUAAGGUGGCUGAUUUCUUUGAUCGUCAUGAAGAUAUACUUAGAGAGAUGCAGUGGCAGAAAAAAUUACGAGCAAAUCCGUUGUUAUUUUGGUUCAGUAGUCACAUGUUACUAUGGGGUAGCAUGUCCUUUAAUUUUACUGUGAUAAUUAAUCUAUUAGUGGCCUUGUUUUAUCCGUUUGAUGAUUCAAAAAAAGAAUUGGAUCCUCGACUUUCAACGUUAGUGUGGACGGCCAUGUUGGUUUCCUUGGCAAUAGUGAUAACGUUACCAAGUCCUGGUGUAAUCCGAGUGCUGAUAUUGUCAACUAUUUUACGUUUGAUAUUUUCGGUUGGUCUUGAACCCACUUUGUGGCUUCUUGGCGUAUUAAAUGUUAUCAACAAGGCGAUAUUUUUAACAAGUUUGAUGGGUAAUCGUGGUACAUUCACGAAACCAAUUCGACACAUCAUCACCGACUUUGAGUUCAUGUAUGAUAGUUUGUAUUUAACGUUGUGUAUGCUGGGAUUAUGUGUUCAUGAAUUCUUCUACAGUUUACUGCUAUUGGAUGUCGUGUAUCGAGAAGAAACAUUGGUUAAUGUAAUUCGUUCUGUGACGAGAAAUGGCCGAUCUAUCAUCAUGACAGCUGUUCUGGCUGUUAUUCUAAUCUAUCUCUUCUCAAUCAUAGGCUUCAUCUUCUUCCAAGAUGACUUUCUCAUGGAGGUGGAAUCUCUUGACAUUCAACAAAUUGCAAAUGAUACAACAGGGUCGUGUCCAACUGAUGGUAAUUGUUCAAACACACAGUCUAUAGUCAGUCAAUUUCUUCACAUGGAACAAGAAACUGGAAUCGCACAACCAGAUGAAGAAGAUAAACAAAGAGCUUGUGAUUCUCUUAUCAUGUGUAUUUUAACAUCAUUAAAUCAAGGUUUACGUAAUGGAGGAGGUAUCGGUGAUGUCUUACGUAAACCAAGCAGCAAGGAGCCUCUGUUUGUGAUGAGGGUUGUUUAUGAUCUGUUGUUCUUCUUCAUCAUCAUCAUUAUUGUACUUAACCUCAUCUUUGGUGUCAUCAUUGACACCUUCGCUGAUCUCAGAAGUGAAAAACAACAGAAGGAGGAGAUAUUAAAAAAUUCAUGUUUUAUUUGUGGUUUGGAGCGAUCAGCGUUCGACAAUCGUACCGUAUCAUUUGAAGAACAUGUUCAGUCCGAACACAACAUGUGGCAUUAUUUAUAUUUUAUUGUAUUAGUUAAUGUAAAAGAUCCAACAGAGUUUACCGGACCAGAGAGCUAUGUUUAUUCCAUGAUAAAGGAGAAAAAGUUAGAAUGGUUCCCUCGAAUGUGUGCUAUGUCGCUGACGGCAGAAGAAAGUGAAGGUGAAACUAACGAGUUACGUAAUUUACAGGCCCAAUUAGAUGGUACCAAUAAAUUAAUACAGAAUUUAUCUUCUCAGCUUAAUGAUCUAAAAGAUCAGAUGACAGAACAACGAAAACAGAAACAGAGAAUGGGAUUGUUACAGAAUCCUACGUUCCCCAUGAACCACCAAAGUUUAUAGAUAAAAAUAGCUCGUAGUCGUUUCUGAUUAUAUCAGUGGGUGGUGCCAGGAUUUUCCAGAAUGGAGGGAUGGAAUGUGGAACACUAUCAAGAGAAAUGAUGGAAUCGUAGUAUCCAUCAGAAAGUGGGAAAAUUGGCUCAUGGAAAUUUAACUUUUGAAUUAUUUUAGGCCCCAUCCAAGAACCCUGCUCUCCCCCCUUGCUGCUGCCACUGGUAGAAUGUGAUAGCUUGUUUGAUCCAGAGCCAGAAAUAUUUUUAUUUAUUAUGAAACCAGAAAACAGUUGGCCAGUGUACGUGUUAACCAUGUGACCUUUGUACGCAAAUUUCUAACCCACCCUACCUCUACUAAAGCUUUAACAAAUUUUGGACUGUGUUGAUGAAAUAUGUCAAAAAUGACCAAAAUUAUGUAAAAGUUGAAUUGAGCAAAUAAUUCUUUGAUGGCUGUUGCCCCCAAACAGCACAAAAUUGAUAAUUGUGAAUAUACUUUGUAGAUAUAUAUAUAUAUAUAGAUAUCUGGGUAUUGUUUUGGUCCGAUUCACCUGUCGAGACUAGCUGGUCCAAUUCAUCUGUCAAGACUGGCUGGUCCAAUUCACCUGUCGAGACUGUCUGGUCCGAUUCACCUGUCGAGUCUGGCUGGUCCAAUUCACCUGUCAAGACUGGCUGGUCCGAUUCACCUGUCGAGACUGGCUGCUAGUUCAAUUGAUUGCAGGAGGAUAUUAAGUGCAGAAGGACCGCACCACACACUAACAAAACUCUGCGGACAAUGGGAAAUGCAAAACUAUCAAAUCAAUUGAAUGGAUCCAGGGUCUAGCCAUAAGCUCCCACUGAAAUGUACAGUUCUGGGUCUGUAGUGAAAAGCAAAAAGUAACAUUAAAAAGAAACCCAGUAAAUUAAUAUUAGGAUUGUUUAUGUGUUAAAAGACUCUUUAGUGUUUAUUUAUAAAUCGGAGACGAUGCAAAUAAUUGCAAAAAUUGUCUGACAUAUACCUGACCAGCAGGAAAACUGUUGAAAUGGGAAAACCUUAAUGUAUAUAGUAAUGUAUUUACAUAUCUUUAAAUAUAUUAUAAAUCUGAAUUAAUCAAAAUCUCCAUUUCACGAUCAAUAUUAUCCUUCCGUCUAUAUUCCUGUAUCUGUUCAUUAGAAACAAUUUUACUUUCCAGUUUUAACUUAUAAAAGAUCCUUAAAGAGUAGACCAUAUUGCCACUGCCUGGGCAAAAUUUCCCUCAUAGCACACUGUAUGAUGUAUGUCCGUCUUGAAUAGCCAAGUCGGUACAGAUAAGUAGGCAUUAAACCUCACUUUAUUUAAUUUAUUAAUGUGGCUGCUCAAUAUGUAAGGUGCUGAGCAUGGCUCACUAACCAGGAAGGCCCAGGUUCAAUCCCGGUGGUAUCCGUGAAUGUUCCUCAGGGGUUUCCAGUCUGCUUUGUCUGUGUCAGUCAUGCAGAAUCAGAGAGCCUGGCAAGAAAAGAAUGAGGUUUCGUCUUCAUGUUUUUGUGCUUGCAAAAAAACCCAUGGCAGUUGGAUUUUCCUGAAGAAUAGGCAGUAAUGAACGCAGCUUUCUAAGCUCACUAUGCCAAUCUUCAUUUGUCAGGUUACUGUAGGACUUCAACCACAUUUUAUUUCAUAUUGUUAAUUUGAUUACAAAAACUGCCAUUUGAAUUGAUAGGUGCUAUAUAAUAACAAUGUGUAGAUCGUUAACCCUCAUCGAAAACACCUGUUAUAAUACUUAGACUACAACUUGGGUAUCAUGUAGUUGUGAUGUGUUACGUUUAGAUCUUAUAGUAGGACAUUAAACCCCAUUUCAUUUCAUUUCAUUUACAUUUAUAUGUAUAAAUAAUAAUGAUAAUCGUUUUAUAUAGUGCUGAACAUCCAGUCAGUCUGAAUAAUACACACAGAUCCUAUUUCGUUCUGUUUUACAUAUCUUCAGACCGGGGUGACGUAGUUACUGCGUCAGACCGGGGUGACGUAGUUACUGCGCUGCUGCGACCGUACGGCGACCAGAAAAGGGACAAGGUCUGACGGGGAUACAAGAUACUAUCUGGACCAGUUGUUAAAUAUCCCCAUUCUGGUUGAUGUGAGGGUUUAGAGAAUCAGACGUUGGUGUUAAAUGAUAAGGCCAGCUCAAUUUUUUGUCAUAGGUCACAAAAUGUAAACAGGGCUAGCGCUAAUCCCAACCCUAACCCUUGACCUAGCCCCAAUGCUUACCCUAACCUACAAUCUCGCCAACAAUCACGUGCCCUAACCUUGUUUACAUCUCAGCGACCUUGACAAAAAUUGAGCUGACCUUAACAAAUAGAUUUAGCCGACAAUAAAAUAGUUUGUUGAGUUAAGUUUUGAACGUCUGGCGCACACUGUCUAUGGGUAGAUGGAAAACAAUUCAAAGCAAAAGAUGUAUUUCACAUGACCCCUGACGCGACUUCCCAUGGCAACUGGUCAGAUAUUUAUGUAGUGAAGGCCAAAUUUUAAAACAAAACGAAAUAUAGAUCUGUAUUUUAAUCAGAAUUGUACAAAUCUAUAUGUUUAUAAACUUUAUGAUUUUGCUUUUAGGUUCAUAUUGUCAAUAACUGAUAUGCUUUGAUGUGUUCAUUACUCUUUUGAUGUACUAGAACAAGAGUGGCCAACCUCCAGCAAGGAGGAUUCAUUAAACAAACAUUAUACAAAAGCCCAAUCUGCCUAUUGCAGGUUUUUCUUUAUAGGCCUGAAAUGUUAUAUAAAUUAUUAAUUAGACAUUAAUUAAAUUAUCCAAUCCAGGAUGGCAAGGAAUUUCUCCGAUAUUAAAUAGAUUAGAACAGUUCAGCCAUAUUUUGAUUUAAGCUAAAACUGAAGGAGCGAGAUUUAGCUUCAAACAACCAGUACGAUGGUUGAAAUUAUUGCACACAUCAUGUCAAACCUUCAAAGGCUAAUAUCUUCGCUGGCAAUAGAGUAAUUUGAAUGAAAUUUUCACAUUAUUCAUUUUAUAUUAUCUAUUUUUGAGCUAUUAUAGCAAGAAUGGUCAGCUUUGUAUCUAAAUCGUACAUAAUGUAUCUUUAAUUACCA